CAUCCACUCGGAUCACUGCUAUAUCCGGCCAAGGCCGCUGACAACCAUUUGCUCAUCCGUCUAUUCCGAGUCCACGCAAACAGGACCGUGCAUUCUUUCUCUACCUCUCAAUACCCUCUAUAUCACACUACCGUCACAAUGGGCUAUCUCUUCUACUCAGUGACCUUUCUGUUCCUCGUCACGGCGACCGCACUUUACUUGACUCGACACCUCUGGAUCGCACAUGCACCGCCGAUUCCAUACCUCACAGCUCCUGGUCGCAUCCCCGAACCUCUCUGGCGUCUUUCUCAAUCCGUACAACGACUCAACCCCUUCGCCCAAAACGCCUACAUCAGUCUCGGCCAAAAUAGCUUCGAAGAUGACAUUGAAGCCGGCUUCAGCAGCUCGAAUUUCGAUCUACGAGAAAACGUCGAAGGUGGAGACAGCAGACAAGGUCUAGAUGAGCAGGGUAAAGAAAGAGUAAAGGCCAUCAUGAAGAGCAGAAGUUGCGGCUUUGAUGAAGCGAGGAGGAUUGUCAUGGAAGAGAGGUUUGGCAGAGAGAAUAUCGGCAAGGAUGGCAGACCGAGGGAUCCCAAGGCUGUCAUGUUUGAUCGCUUGUGAGCCUGACAGCAAAGAAGCUGCUAAUAUUUCCAUCUCGUUUGAUCUGGUUGGUUUGGUUUCUACACUUUCCUUUGUCUGCUUUCUAUCCGCUAUACCAUGAUUAUACCCAGGAAUUGUCCGUCCACUAUCACCUGUCCAAGAUAUGCCGACUUCUACCUGCUUGCCCAC